GAAGAAGGAGAAGAAGAAGAAGAAGAAGAAGAAGAAGAAGAAGAAGAAGAAGUUGUCUAUGUAAUUUCCGUUUCUCUCCAACAAUGGCGUCCUCCACGACUGGAGACGGCGUGAGUGAAGCACAAACCGGGAAACAAUCGAAAAAGACUAAAAACCAAGUGGAUGAAUCUGAUCUCCUGACUGUUCCCAAUGGAUGGAAAGAGCCGAGGUUCAGCAGAGACGACAACCCCCGUGGGCUCCUGGAGGAGAGCAGCUUCGCCACCCUCUUCCCCAAAUACAGAGAAGCCUACCUGAGAGAGUGCUGGCCGCUGGUGGAGAAGGCUUUAGGAGAGGCUCACAUCAAAUCCUCUCUGGACCUGAUAGAGGGCAGCAUGACAGUAGGCACCACUAAGAAGACUUUUGACCCGUACGCUAUCGUGAGAGCCAGAGAUCUCAUCAAACUGCUGGCGAGGAGCGUCCCGUUUGAACAGGCUGUGAGGAUAUUACAGGACGACAUGGCAUGCGACAUCAUCAAAAUCGGAACCCUGGUUAGGAACAGAGAGCGGUUUGUGAAGCGAAGACAGCGGCUGAUUGGCCCCAAGGGUUCCACCCUAAAAGCAUUAGAGUUGUUAACCAACUGCUAUGUGAUGGUCCAGGGCAACACGGUGUCGGCCCUCGGGCCUUUCAACGGCCUGAAGGAGGUCCGCAAAGUGGUGAUGGAAACGAUGAAGAACAUCCACCCCAUCUACAACAUCAAGACCCUGAUGAUCAAGCGGGAGCUUUCUAAAGACCCAGACCUGCGGAUGCAGAGCUGGGAACGUUUUCUGCCCAAGUUCCGCCACAAGAACCUGGCCAAGCGCAAGGAGCCCAAGAAGAAGAGUGUGAAGAAGGAGUACACGCCGUUCCCUCCAGCACAGCCAGAGAGCAAGGUUGACCAAGAACUGUCCACGGGAGAGUUCUUCCUGCGUGAGAGUGUGAAAAGGAGGAAGAAGAUGGAGGAGAUUAAGGUGAAACAAGCGGAGGCCCUGACCAAGAAGCAGGAAGAACGGAACAAAGCUUUCAUCCCUCCUAAAGAGAAGCCUUUGAUGAAGAAGACCAUUAAAGCUCCUGUAGAUGGCAAGUUGGACAUCCAAGCCAUCAAGGAUAGAGUGCGAAAAGCCAAGACCAAGAAACUGGGGGCUCCACCGAUGAACCCAGCUCCUCCUACCAGCACCACAGACAAGAAGAAGAAGAAAGCUAAAGGCUAACCACAGACUAACCCUUUCGCUGACAGGAUGUGAUGUUCACGGAUGGAGUCAAGACUUUGUAAGCACACAACAAGGAAGAUGGGAUGUCAGACGUGUGUGUGCGCACGCUUGGAUCAAAUUGAAUUCAAAUGCAAACUGUCACAGAUGUUUUUAUUGAAUAUUUGUUUUUCAAGAUAUCUCCUAGUUGUUUUUUACUGUAUGGAGACAAAGUGUGUUGAACAGCAAUAGAUUUUUUCUCCUGUCUCCCUCACAUCUCUCUGUCCACUGUCAUUGUCCAGAUUUUGUAUGGGCAGUAUUUAAAUAUUGAAAAAUAUAUUUUUCUCUUUGAUAAGACUGGUGUGUGUUCAGGAGGCGGCAGACAUAAUCGUGCAUGUACUUUGACAGUUUACAGCUCUAUUUAGACUUAAAAUCAAACUAUAUAGACCAAACUAUUAAAGAUGUAAUUAAAGUCACAUCUUCAACUUAACACUGUCAGAAUAAAUCCAUGGUUGUUCGUCUACUCAUAGCAGAAGACAUCAGGGUAGAAGCAGUGGACUGCGUAUGAUGCAAUGAACGUGAGGAUGAGGCAGAUGGGCCGGACCACCAGAAUAUACACAUAGUGGUGGUCUGCAGCAGGCAGAGCUUGGUCCAUGUCUGGAGUCCAGCUGUAGCCUGUAAAGGCAGCAGAUACCGGGACUGAGUGGUUUCAACAUUACAUAUCACAAAGUAUUUGUGUUUUGAAGUUGUCAAAUUCAACUUCAAACUGUAUUUUCUGACUUUAGUGUCAUCACUUACUUUUCUUUGAAUCUCUCUCUUUGUUACCUGCAGAGAUAUUAGACACGGUUUUGAUACAAUGAACAGGAGUUCCUCUUCUGCUCUCCCCUUGAGCAGAUAGAUCAUAAUUUCUUUUUAGCAGAAAUGUGCAACAUGUUUAUGUUGUAGUUUAGGUUUUUUGCCCAGCAUACUUAAAUUUGUGCCAGUUGAAUGGUUUGAAAAGGAUUGUGCCAUGACAUUUGACAGGUCGCCUCAAAACAAGAAAACAAAUGUAGUUAUGGGGAAAAUUGAUGAAAAUACCCCAAAAUAAAGUUUCAAUUGUUUUUAAGAGAAAAAUAAAAUUGGAGAACUCA